UUACGAGUAAACGCUACAUCAACAUCGAGGGGGGAUCAACUAAUUAAAUCAAUCAGUAGUCUAAUCAAAUAAUGAUAAAACGAAUCUACUGAACAGAUAAACGCAACCCCAAAGGACUAAAUAUGCGCGAGCCAAAUUUCUACGUUAUUUUAUCGCACGCGCUAAUUGGCUCGGGUUUUUUUUUCCUGUACAUGCAUCAUGUACGCGUCAUCUUCGAAACACGCACUAACCUACGGCAUCUCAACCAAUUGGAGCGUGAGUCGAUGUUGCGCCGCGAAGAUGCUCUCUAUUACACAUUCUACAAGAAGCUAGCCGAUGGCCCGGACUUCUGGCAUGGCUAUGAGCAGCUGAAGAAUGUCACCGACAUUGAAUACCCUCAUAGCGUCAAUGUAUUGCAGCGUUUUUAUGUGCUGCCUGAGUUGGUUACCGCAUACUUUUUUCAUGUGGUGAGAGCCGGCUUUAAUCCAAGCGUGCAGCCCAUGCAGUUUUAUUUGGAUUUCGUCUGGCUAAUGGGCGGGGUCACGCUGCUGGUUCUUUAUUUAUAUGGGACGCUUCUGAGUGAAAAUGUAUUUGGUGGCAUUUACGGCGUUCUUUCUUAUUUGAUGUUCCACAGCUUUGCUGCCAAAAUCUACGAAAGGCCGUUAGCUCGUGAAAAUUUUGCAUUUCCCUUUAUAUUCCUUCAAAUGUUUUAUUUGUGUAUAUGUAUUGGCCGUGUUUUACAUCGGCAAAAGCAUACCUCGCGCCUCGUUAUGAUAUUUGUGAUGUCACUAUUUACAGCUUGUGCACUGUUGUCGUGGCAGUUUUCCAACUUCAUAUUCACAACACAGAUUUUAAUUGUUAUGACCUCAUGGAACAUCAGCUCGAUGCCACUGGGACUGGCCAACGCAUUUGCUUUGGAUUAUUCGCUGUCCCAUUUGCUCGGAAAUUGCUUAGCCUUUGUGCUGUCACAUGGUAAUAGCCAACUGCUCUUCACCUGGCAAUUAAGCGUCUCCCUUAGCCUGUUUCUGAUAACAAUUGUACGGCAAGUCCGCAGCCAGCGAUCUUCCAAUGAUCUGCUGCAGUGCGACUAUUUCUCGUUUAAAUUCAUAUUGCUGGCCUUUCUCUUCGCUAGCAGCAUGCAAGCUAAGCUAGUGUAUGUGCUAAGCAAAUCUGGACUGCUGAAUUGGCAGGAGAAUAUGAACAUGCACUACUGCGAUUUGUGGGCACAUUGGGUGCUACAGGCCAAAGUUAACUUUGUUACGAAUCUGUCUGCCUGUAAUCCGCUUUAUGCCCGCGUCGCUUGGUCGGAGCUAUGGCAACUGGUUAAGACGCUUAUUGUAAAGCCAUAUUGCAUGUAUGGGGUCGUAAUGCUGGCCAUGUUUUUUCGUAAAUGGCGUAAAAGCAAUGUUCCAACAUCGCCAAGUCAAGAGCAGCGCGAGCGUGCUCGCAACUAUGUGCUGGAGGACUUUCUCGAAGAACAUCAUGUAUCCAUGAGCGAUAUGUCCAACAAGCAAACUGAACAGCAGCUACAACAAUGCUUUGCCCUGCUGGAGAGCUGCGAUCACGACUAUGAGCGUUACAAGCAAGAGAAGGUCAAAAUGCAAGAGGAGCAGCAACCGGAGCGUGAUGAUUUCAUGCAGGAUAUCAAACGCCUAAAGGCGCAGAUACAUCGCAAUAGUGAUAAACAGCGUAAAGAGCGCGAACAGGCCAGCGAGCACAAUCUCAAAGAUGCUGCUCCAAUUGAAACGGACACUAAAACAGAAACAGAAUCGAUAACGGAAACGGAAACGACAUCUGCAACGAACGAGAUGAACGAACCUGAAAGGGAUGACGCAUUACCAUCAAAAGCCUUUAGCACAGAGGCUACCAACGGCAAGCGCCGCAGCACGACAAAUACGCGUCGCGAUUCUAUUGUGCCUACAGCUAAUGCUCAGAUACUGAAUCUGCAUUAUAUGUACAGUUUUAUGCAGAUGAUUGUCUUCACGCUGAUUGGCCUCACUGUGCGCAAACUGUUUUUCCUCAGCUUCACUCAAGGCUGUGUGAUAGCGCCAACGAUAUGCUCCAAGGUCUGGUAUCAUCGACAGCGGAACAUAUUUUGGUCUGUGUCCUUGGCUGUAUUCCUGCUCAGCAUGUUUGACCCGGGCAUGACGAAUAUUCGCGAUGAGUAUUUUCCCUCGCGAUAUGCAAACCCAUCGGAUGAUCUUGAAGGCAUGGUCGAGUGGAUAAAAUUGAAUACGGAACGCGAUGCAGUUUUUGCCGGUCCGGUGGAAAUUAUUGGCACCGUGCACCUCACCACCAAGCGUCCAAUUGUUAACCAUGCGCAUCUCGAUAUGCGUCAAAUGGCCGAUCGCACGGAACACGUCUACUCGGUGUACAGUCGACAACAAUCAUCAGAUAUUUAUAAUCAGUGCACGCAAUUGAAAAUUCAAUACUUGAUCAUAUCGCUAAACGAGUGUACCAAUGAAGUGCGGGACGACUGUGACAUCUUGUCUAUUUGGGAUGAAAAACAACCAGCGUUUCGCAAGUACCCUCAAUUUUGUCACGAGCUGUUGCAUAAAAAUGUUCCCAGUUUUUUGAAAGUUUAUGCCAAUGAAAACUAUGGCAUUAUUAAGAUGUUCUCCCAAAGUGUGCAGAUCAACUUGAAGCUCAACAAAAUGCCAGAAAUGUCUAUGUGAGACCGACAAUAGGCCCAAUUUUAAGAGACCGCCAUGUGUUGCGCUAUAACUAACUAAGAGCAAAAGGCAAAUGUGACUAGAAUAUUUAUCGAGUAUAAUUCAAUUGUAUUAAUACUUAAAAGUGACCAAGUUGGCGUACACAGUCACACGUACACACACACAUCCCUUAAAUUAAAUUUCGACACCAAAAACCAGAUAAAACUAAAAACAAAGCCCUAUAACUACUCUGUGCAAGUCGAUAAAAAAGAGUCCCUCUACUUCGGGCCCUAAGAAUCGAACUGCAUCGUUAAUUUUUUUAGUUUUUAAAUUGGUAUCAGAAAAAAUGUUAGUUAGUUUAGUUUUUUUUUUGUCAAGUUUAACAUUUUCAAGGUAAUAACGACCAGGUUUAUGGCUUUACACUUAGAUAUCUUAACAUCGGAACACACAAACGCCGAACGCUCUUCUUUUAUCACCCAAAAUAUUAUACUAACCUUUGCGAUCUGGAGAUGGGAAGUCCUAGAAGGAACAAAUUUGGUACAUAGAACCCUUGUUUGUGAAAGCCUCUUGGCCUCUUCGUCAUCAAAUC